CCGGAGCUGGAGCCGCGGGCGGAGGGUCCGCGGGGGCCGGCGGCCCGCAGCCGGCGGAUGAUGAGCUCGCUGCUGUUCGGGGAGAUGGCCCUGGCCCUGGGCUGCCCGCCGGCCCCGGCCCCGUCCCCGGCCCCGGCCCCCCCGGGCUGCCCGUCCCCGGCCCCGCCGGCGGCCCCGGCCCCCGUGACGGCGGCGCUGCGGGACGACCUGGGCUCCAACAUCCACCUCCUCAAGGGGCUCAACGUGCGGUUCCGCUGCUUCCUGGCCAAGGUGCACGAGCUGGAGCGGCGCAACCGGCUGCUGGAGAAGCAGCUGGAGCAGCAGCAGAGCGAGCGCGACCGCCGGCUGCGCUACAAGACCUUCUCCCGGGAGCAGGCCGUGCAGACGGGGCCCGGGAUCGGGAUCGGGAUCGGGACCGGGACCGGGACCGGGCCCGACCCGGACGGGGCCCCCCUCUCCUCCUCCUCCGCCUCCUCCUCCUCCGCGCCGCCCUCCUUCCCGCCCGGGCCCGGCCGGCUGCCCGGCACCAUCUGGAGCUACCGGCAGGUGCGGCGGACGGGCGGCGGCGGGCUGGAGACGGUGCAGGGCCCCGGCGUGUCGUGGCUGCACCCGGACGGCGUGGGCGUGCAGAUCGACACCAUCACCCCCGAGAUCCGCGCCCUCUACAACGUGCUGGCCAAGGUCAAGCGCGAGCGCGACGACUACAAGAACAAGUGGGAGGAGGAGCUGGCCAAGCGCAUGAGUCUCCAGUCCAUGGUUGAAACACUCCAAGAGGAGGCCCAAGAGGCAGAGGCCAUCCAGGAGGAGCUGAAUGAGAAGAUCGAGAGGCUGAAAGCAGAGCUCGUGGUGUUCAAAGGCCUGAUGAGUGAUCCCAUGACAGACCUCGACACAAAGAUCCAGGAAAAGGCCAUGAAGGUGGACAUGGACAUCUGCCGGCGAAUCGAUAUCACAGCUAAGCUGUGCGAUGUUGCGCAGCAGCGGAACUCAGAAGACGUGUCCAAGAUCUUUCAGGUGGCGUCCAAAAAGAAAGAGCGCAAGGUCACUUCGGACGAAGACCUUCCUGAGCAGGAUGCAGAAGGCAACAGGUUCUCGGAUGAUGAAGUGGGCUCCCUGAACAUCACCGAUGAAAUGAAACGCAUGUUUAACCAGCUGAGGGAGACCUUUGACUUUGAUGAUGACUGUGACAGCCUGACCUGGGAGGAGAAUGAAGAUACCCUGUUGCUGUGGGAAGACUUCACCAACUGCAACCCAUCCAUAGAACUGCAGGGAGAGCAAGAGGAAAACCUAGGCAACCUGAUCCACGAAACAGAAUCCUUCUUCAAGACGAGAGACAAGGAAUACCAGGAGACAAUAGGCCAAAUUGAGAUGGAGCUGGCCACCGCCAAAAGCGACAUGAACCGACACCUUCACGAGUACAUGGAGAUGUGCAGCAUGAAGCGGGGCCUGGACGUCCAGAUGGAGACCUGCCGGCGGCUCAUCAAGGGCUCUGCAGACAGAAACUCUCCGUCCCCCAGCUCCGUAGCCAGCAGCGACUCAGGAAACACGGACGAGAUCCAAGACGAGUUGGAUCGAGAGGCGGGGGUGGAGCCGAUGGUCAGCUGA